UGACAGACCUGUUUUCUCCAACAACCCUGCGCACGCACAACCUGCUGCUCCUCUGUAAGUACUGCAGGUCACAGCAAUUACAACUUGUACAGUAGAUAAAAUGAAGAGUCAAGUGUCUCUGCUGGUUGAAAAGAUCAUCAGGACGCAUGAAUGAAAUAUAUUUCACGUUAUGGGGACAAGGAGAGAGAGAAUACAUUAUUGCUUUCGGAGGUUCCUGUCCUGGUGUAACUGUCAGAACAUAAUGGCGGCAUUUAAAGGGAUCUGGACCAAGGACUUCUGGAGGGCUGUGUCUGGAGAAUACCUAGCCACACUCAUCUUUGUCCUUCUUGGCCUGGGCUCCACCAUCAACUGGGCUGCAGGGGAGGAGAAGCCUCCGCCAGCUGACCUAGUCCUUAUCUCCCUGUGCUUUGGCCUUACUAUUGCCACUAUGGUGCAAUGCUUUGGCCACAUCAGUGGUGGACACAUUAACCCUGCAGUCACUGCAGCUAUGGUUGUAACUAGAAAACUGAGCCUGGCAAAGGCUGUUUUCUAUGUGGCAGCUCAGUGCCUGGGAGCUAUUACAGGAGCUGGGAUUCUCUACUUAGUCACACCUACUGCUGUCAGAGGGUCCUUUGGUGUGACCACAGUGAAUUCCACCAUAUCAGUGGGACACGGCUUUCUUGUGGAGCUCCUGAUCACAUUUGAACUGGUUUUUACCGUCUUCGCCACCUGUGAUCCCAAACGCACAGACUUAGGUGGUUCUGCAAGCCUGGCUAUUGGCAUUGCUGUAGUGAUAGGGCACUUAUUUGCAAUCCCAUAUACAGGAGCCAGCAUGAACCCUGCCCGUUCUUUUGGUCCUGCAAUGGUCACACUUAACUUCGAGAACCAUUGGGUCUACUGGGUGGGACCUAUUCUCGGAGGUAUCUUGGCUGCUGGUUUGUAUGAGUAUCUGUACUGCCCCGACCCUGAGAUAAAGAAGAGGAUGAAACAAGUCUUCAAGAAGGACCCAUCAGGGAAAUACAGGGAAGUGGAGGCAGGGGACAUUGCCGUCAAGCCCGGCUCCAUCCAUAACAUCAGCGUGGAGAAAGCUGAUGUUAUGUUAACAGGAGAAGUAUGACUAUCACGUGCACUGGAAAUGGAGACUAAUUUGUAGAGCACAAUCACAAUCAA